AUGCGUAGCCCAUUCAACACUCAGAAUGACCCACUGCUAUUUGAUUCGUAUGACCAACCCGGCCAAUCAUCGCUCUUUGCCCUGACCCCAGAAUAUGCCCCGACCCCCGGAUAUGGCAUCUGCCAGACACCCUCUGUGAUGAGUAUCAUUAGCCCGGAAGACCGCCCAGAUGACGACUUUUCCCCGCAGCACCGAUCGCCGCAAACAAACCAGAUUCCAUUACUUCAGCUGGGUGAGUGGGAAGAAGGACGGUUGUACGAUGAGCUUCCACCCACCUGUAUUCACUAUUCGAUUGUGUGGAAGAUGACUCUCAACAACAACAAAUCUAUCUGGAAAAGCACAGAGCAAGACCUGGUGUUGGCUCCGCGAUUUCACUGGCGUCUUUUUUUGGGGCCCAAGUUAAAGGAAGUUGUAGGCAAGAAGUUUGCACAGAAAAGUGUUGAAUUAGAUGAUACAACCAUCGUUGUAUCGGUGAACCAUCGUAAUCAGCCAGACCUCACUCUCUCCUGUGACAAAACAGAAGUGGAUUGGCCCGCUGUGGAGAAACAGCUUUUCGUGUGGGGUGAUCUUUUCCGUGCUGGGAAAAAACUAACACUGAAUAUGUCGUUCAACUAUACCGAGGGCAAUCACGUUCCAAGGCCCAAUCCAAGAGGGACAGAUAAAAGAGGGGCCUCAUCUGCUACCCAGCUUAUGUUGCUUGAGCGGCAAGCAAAUAUCCAUACAGAAGAACAGGCCACUGGGCAACCUCCUACUUGGGACCGGGUGUACAGUCUGAUGCGGUGCUCCAGUGCAGCAUGUGAGCUGGGACCGCAUUGCUGGCGUGAUCCUUUAAGCAAGAAGCAUAUCAAGCUGACAGUACAGAAUCUGAGGGCCCUUGUGAGCUACGCGGAGGAAAGUGAUCGGUUGAAAACCCACGACGACGUCCCUGAAUCAAUUCGUGAAAAGCUAUAUAUACAGGAGCAGCAGCGACUUGAGAGGCAAAAGGGAGGCACUCAGUCCACCAAUGGUUACCCCCCUAUCAACAUCACCAACGUUCUUCCUGCGCAGGCUUCUCCUCCCUCUGUGCCAACUACACCGACUCCGAUGCCGAUUUCGUGUCCAGGAAAAACGCCUCCAGAUUUCCUCGAAAUCCCUGGUCUACGGGACAUUGCUGUUGCUGAAUAUAGUGAAUGGCAGCAAUCCCAAGUAAAUGAUGAGAAACUAAAAGAAGAGUUUCGGAACGCUCGCGAUACUGCCCUCGAAGAUGGACUGGAUCUCGUGCAGAUCCACAAGGAUCAGGAUCCAGGAUUUUUCAUCAAGAAUGGCAUCAAAAGAGGUAUUGCUCGUCGUUUUGUUGGGGACAUUAAGUAUUGGGUCGAGCAUUAUAAGUGCAACAUAGAGGAUAGACUAUAA